UCCAUUGCGAUAACGUGUCACUUCAAUCAAUUUUUGCCCCUAGAUUUUAGGCAAAAUUAAACAAGUUUUGGCAGUUUGGUGUAAAAAGUGUUGUCUAAAACUUUUCUGGUGAAAUUGUUGCUGGUUGCUGGGCAGAACUGCUGAAAAGUUCACCUGAAAAAAGUUGUUAGCUUUGCUUAGCUGGUUGAUUUGUUGUUUUGCUUUUUUAUUUUAAAGAGUACACUGCUAUUUUUAUAAUCAGUGGUAUGUAAGUGGGAAAAUACAGUUUCUGUAAAAUUUGCCUUUUUAAAUAAACACAAAAUUAAAGUAAUCAUUUAACAAAGUAUGUAAAGAAUCGUAAAAUGGCAUUUUUAUGCCCAGUUCGUAUCAGACGUGGUAAAAAGAAAAAAUCAUCAAGUGUAGAUCUAGAAAAAGAACUUGCAAGAUCCAAUAAUGGGGUUACACCUGGAAUGGGAAGAAUCACAGGUUCUGCAAGUAUUGAAACACUAGUUAGAGUAGGAAUUGAAAAAGAGCAUGGAUUAUCCCCAGACAGUAAAAUGGUUGUUUUACAUGAUUUUACACCAUGUGUUGAUGAUGAGCUUGAAGUAAAAAGAGGACAGAUUGUGAACAUUUUGUAUAGGGAAAAUGAUUGGGUGUACGUAAUAGGUCUUGAUACAAGACAAGAAGGCUUUAUUCCUUAUUCAUAUUGUACACCUUACAACAAUCAUUUAGCAGAACUUGCUAUUAAGAAGAAACUUCCUAGAGGAGAACAUUUGGCAUCUGGAGAAAGUUUAGACACAAAUCAAGAUUGUGAAGGGGCAGGUGCCGACAGUGACACAGAUUCUAUUGAUAGAAAAAAACAUGGAACAGGUGCGGCGUCCCCCAUUAGCAUUCAUUCUGAACCUGACAUGAUACCUUUUUCGAAAGACCCGUCUGGUCGGUACAUUGUCUUGUAUACAUUUAUAGCUAGAGAUGAAAAUGAUGUAUCAGUUGAAAGAGGAGAAUUUGUAACUGUUUUAAACAGGGAAGAUCCUGAUUGGUACUGGAUUGUAAGGAGUGAUGGUCAGGAGGGAUUUAUUCCUUCAGGAUUUGUUUAUCCAGCAGAUAAUGUGAUACAAGGACAUUUAAGUUCAACAAAUGCUAGUGGAAACGGCAACUUUCCCAAUCAGAACAAUAACCAUUCCCUAGGCACGUCUACUGCAGAUGAUCUUCGUUAUCACGGUACAGAAUUGGUAAUGCUUUAUGAUUACAAAGCGCAAGCUCCUGACGAUUUGACAGUUCGAAGGGGCGAUUGGAUAUAUGCAGAUCUCAAUAAUCAAACGGUGGAUGGUUGGUUGUGGGCUUACGCUCCUAAAACUAGAAAAUACGGUUUCAUUCCGAAAGCUUAUGCUAGACCUCCAGCUAUGACAAGCCUUUAAAAUUGCCAUGAUACGCUCUUUUUUUUUUAAUAUUUUUUAUAUAUUUUUUGAUAAUAUUUUUGUAAAAAGUAUUUUAUACCAAAUAAAU